AUGAACCCCACCGAGCGAGCAGAAACCACCGUAGACUAUAACGCCUAUUAUGCCUAUGAGGGGAUCCCCAAACCUUGCACCAAAGAAGGCAUCAGGGCAUUCGGGGGUCUCUUCCUGCCUCCCCUCUACUCCCUGGUCUUCCUGUUCGGUCUGCUGGGAAAUGCGACCGUGGUGCUGGUCCUCCUGAAGUACAAGCGGCUCAAGUCCAUGACGGACGUGUACCUUCUCAACCUGGCCGUGUCCGACCUGCUCUUUGUCUUCUCCCUCCCUUUCUGGGGCUACUACGCGGCCGACCAGUGGGUGUUCGGGCUGGGGCUCUGCAAGAUCAUUUCCUGGGUAUACUUGUUGGGCUUUUUUGGCGGCAUCUUCUUCAUCGUGCUCAUGAGCAUCGACCGCUACCUGGCCAUCGUGCACGCCGUGUUCUCCUUGAGAGCGAGGACCGUGACCUAUGGGAUGGUCACGAGUGUGGCCACGUGGUCAGUGGCUAUCGUGGCCUCCCUCCCGAACCUUUUAUUCAGCACUUCUUACGCCGAGGGCAAUCACACUUUCUGCAGAAUCAAGUUCGCGGCCCAGGCCGCGGGGUGGAAGGUGCUGAGCUCCCUGGAGAUCAAUGUCCUGGGGCUGGUGGUGCCCAUGGCGGUCAUGCUGGUCUGCUACUCCAAGAUCAUCAGGACCCUGCAGCAGUGCAAGAACGAGAAGAAGAACAAGGCGAUCAAGAUGAUCCUGGCUGUGGUGGUCCUCUUCCUGGGCUUCUGGACCCCCUACAACGUGGUGCUGUUCCUGGAGAGCCUCGUGGAGCUCGAGGUCCUCCAGGACUGUGCCUUGGAGAAACACCUGGACUACGCCCUCCAGGCCACGGAGACGCUGGCCUUCGUGCACUGCUGCCUGAACCCCGUCAUCUACUUCUUCCUGGGGGAGAAAUUCCGCACGUACAUCAUAAAGUUCUUCAAGAGCUGUAGGGGCCCCCUGGGGCUCCGCCAGGUCUGUCGGCUCCCCCAGGCGUAUUCUGACAACAACAGCUUCUCCAACACGCAGUCCACUGUGGAUCAUGACCGUUAUGAUGCCCUGUAA